CGCUAACAUCUGUUUUAGUCUAUAUAUCGUCGACGAAAGAUACUUGUUUACAAGCAUAUAUGUUUUUUUAUUAGGUGAAAAGUGAAUUUUGUAUAACGCUUCACAGAAAGUAUAUUCUAAAAUUCAAUCAUGGGAAAAAUUGUUUCAUUUGGAUUUGUAUUUUCUGACAACAAGACAGUAUAUUUUCCAGGCGAUUUUGUAAGUGGACAUCUUGUCGUGGAUAUUCUCCGACCGAUGAAAAUUAAGGAAAUCAAAAUAAGAUUUUUCGGCAAAGCUCAUGUUCGUUGGAAAACUACAGAGAUGGUGAAUGUUCCCAAUCUGCACGAAAGCAUACAUGCCAGCCAAACAAAUAGGCAAUCUGUUACUAGAAAUUACUCCGCUACACAAAACCUUUUUAACCAACAUAUGUUGUUGUAUGGAAGAGAAGUGAAUGGCGAACAUAGCUUACCACAGGGACAGACUAUUUUACCAUUUGAAUGCCAACUGCCACAUCCUCUACCGUCAUCGUUUGAAGGAGAAUUCGGAUACAUACGAUACUCUGUUAAAGCAACAAUAGUUAGAGAAUGGAGGCUCGAUUGUACAACGAAAAAAUAUUUUACAGUUCUUGAUAGUCUUGAUCUAAAUCGUAUACAAGAUAUUACGAAUCCGUCACAAAAUUAUGAUUCACAGUCAAUAGCGUGUUCGUGCACAAGAAGUGGAAUAAUUGAAGUUGAUUUUUCUUCAGACAGAACUGGUUACGUGCCAGGCGAAUAUAUAAAAAUAAAUGCUAAUAUUUCUAAUUCAAGUAACAGCAGAGUCAAAUCAAGCUCAGUCAAACUUCUACAGACAGUGACGUUUUAUGCUUCAUCAAAAACACGAAGAAAAACCUACGUGAUAAAUGAUGUGACUGGUCCUUCAGUUCCAAAGCGUAAAACAUUCAAUUGGGCAGACGCAGUUCUUCACAUACCUCCUCUUCCUCCGUCAGAAUCUCGAAAUUGCAGAAUUAUCGAUAUCGACUAUUCGUUAGUUUUCCAUGCUAGACUCCGAGACUUCACACCAGAUAUUCGCAUGUUUGUUCCAAUCAUACUAGGAACGGUGCCAAUCGAUAGUCUUGAAAUGUACAGUAGAACAACAUUAAAUGGAUAUACAAUGUCUUCAGUCAUUCCGAGUGCCCCCACAAGAGAUGCGAUUUCAGCUGAAAACUCUGAUCCUCCUCCAAACUAUACGUCUCAGAUGCCACCACCGCCAUCGUAUGCUGCUGCUACUGGAUCAAUACCUAUUUUAAGGGAUGAAGAGGAUGGCGAAGAUGAACAUUAUAAUGAAGAACACGAGGCAUUUGCCCCCAGAUACACAUAUUAUGACUGGGAUCAUAAUUCCUGAGAAAUCAUCAUAAUAUAAAAUGUGAUGUGAAUGAGCCGAAUGUGAAAUGAAAAAUCUAGAAACUUAACAAAUAAUCUGAAUUGGCAAGCUGUUGAAGAUGGCCAGAAAAUAUUCACAUAAAUAUAUAUUUUAACAUUCAAUGCAACCUAUAUUUACUGUGCUUAUUGCACUAAAUGUUUCGUAUAAAUGAAAGUGAAAAAUUCAAUUGAAACUGAUUGAUCAUCGUUACAGUAAUCUUUAACAAAGAAGUUCAAGAACAAGGAGUCUGUUUCAUAGUGCGCUAUUUUUUUAAUUUAAAGAUUUCUCGACAACCAAUAUGAAACAGUUAUAAUAAAUGUUUCAAGCUUGGCGUUGUCAUCAGUUACGAGUUGAUCACGUGACCGAAUCCUCAUCAUAAAGUUCAAACUGACAUGCUCUAAAAUUGUUCGAAAAAAAAUGUAGUCAUAACGAUGUUUAUCAUUAAAAUUUAAAUCCCAAUUCAAAUGUAGCUACUCCAUUGUCAAGCUCAUCAUCUGUCAGGGGAUAAAAGUUGUCCGUCUUAUAAUACACUUUUUAAGUCUAUUAAUUCUCGGCAACUGAUACAUAUACUAUAUGUAAAUCAAUUAUGGGAAAGCUUAUCGCAGUUUCUAUUAGUAGAAAAGUCAGAAAAUACGAGAUUGGUUUCUUCGUGGAAUGAGUUAAUGCUGUAAUCGGUUGUCAAUUUUGUGAUAUUGAAUAAUCUAUUAAAAAGGGGUACUCCUGAAGUAUGUGAACCGAGAUGGUGGACAGGUUAGGGUCAAGCAAUGAUUUUAAUCUAAUUUUCCGUAAUUUAGUUCUAUUACUAGUUUAGGGACUAGCCAAGUGACUCUCGUAGUAAUUGUACCUGAGAUUAUUGCUUAACGAUAACCUGGUACACAUACUACGUUCCGGUGUCCGCCAUCUUGAAUCGCGUAUUUUGGGAGUACCAAAUAAAUGCGAUGAAAGGAAUUUUAAUUUAUAUAUAACGUGGCAAUUA